AUGUCGGUACCUAAAGUCGCAGUGUUACGGACUGAAGUGAACCGAAAAAACCUAUACGCCCCACCAAUGCCAACCACAACCAAGCGGUACAUGAGGGGCGAGAAAAAGGGAAGAACCAUUUAAACAAAUGGUGACGUUGAACACCGCCUAAAGGUGGGACCGCUACCAAAGUAAAACAAGGUAUAAUGAAAGAAAAACAAGGUAUAAUAACGGAAAUAAAUCCAGAAUCAGUGAAUGGGCAAAAGCCGACAGAACCCACCACAGGAGCAUGACAAAAAUGCGUGUACCCCCUGGGGAGAUGAAUACCCGUCCUCAGGAAUCGUAAAAGGAAUUCUAAGCAGAGCGAGGCCCGCCGACAACAGUCGUACGCGCUACCUAAUCUAAUUAAUAUGGCAGUCCCCGGAAAUAAAAGUGACCGAACAAUACCCGAACCCUGUAAAAGCAGUAGCAAAAUUAGGAGAUCCGUACCAGACCCAACUACGUCAGGUUCGCCAUGCAGACCAAAGUCUCACAAUCCCCGAGAUCAAAUGAGCAAGGGUCCAGGGAAUCCAGGAACUAGGUUCGACUCUGCCAAAGCGGAGAUCAUAAUUCCAAAGUACCAGCAGACCGAGGCACCUGAAGAAAGGUCCUGA